CCCACACCCUCCCCCUCCCCGUCCCAAGUCCCCACCGGCGACCAAAUCCCCGUCUCCCUCUCCUUCGCGGUCGCCCUCAAGAAGGUACGAUGACGACGAUGAUGACGGCACGGGGGGGUGCCUACGCACCCUUUGGACCGGUCAGGGUUUGCUGUAUUACCUGGCCCAAGCGUUUGCGCAGAACAAGUGCCCGGGGGAGCCCGCCGGGACCUACCAGUCGCAGUCGUGCAGCAUGACGUACCAGACCAUCGACACGACGUCAUUGCCGGCCAAGACCAGCUACAGCUGUUCGCUCGGUUCGUCCAACGACCGAUAUGAUAACGACUACACGUACAAUAACUACUACAGCAACAACCGUUACCGGAGGCGGACGCUCCUGCAAUCCGACGAGGACUCCGCGCUGCUCGAGGACCUGACACGUGGCACCCGCACAUUGGCCGGGGCCAGCGCCCGCGAGAUCGCCGAGACCAACGGGCAGCUGCUUAAGCGGCUGGGGCGCCAGUUCGCAAGCGGGUUAAGCACUAACCGCUGGGACUCGGCCACCGAAAGGCAAGGCUCGCAGGCCGUGGGGACGCCACACAGGCGGCGGUGGUUAGUGGAGCAGCAGCCGGUUAACACCCCCCUGGUCUCGGGAACCGCAACCACGCAGGCGUCGACGGCUUCGCAGGCGACCGUUGCGUUACCGGGCGGGUUAAGGGACUGCUGCAAGGCUAACCCGGACUGCACCGACCAGCUGUCGGUGAUCGUAACCCACAUUGAUUACUCGGCGGCGAUUCAGGGGCUGGCCGGGCUUAACCUGCUGGGGUUAGGCAGCGUUCGGGUGGUUAGCAGCAUGGUUAGCGUGUUGUUUACGAGCAGCGCCGGCACCCCAGUGGCGCUCAGCUGCACAGCGCAUCCGUUCGAGGUGACGGUUCCGCUCCAGUCGCAGUUGUACAUUCCGGGGGCGCCCGGAACGACGGAAUGCUGGGAGUUGCAGCAGAACGGAACGUCGCUCACCGGAACGACGUCCCGGCAAACGACUCUGCUGAAGGUCGUAGGAGGAACGGCCACGUGUGCGCCGACUAGCGCAGGCACGUUCCUGAUCGUCCAACGCGGCCCCCAGGACACAGUCCCGACCGGUGAACGCGUGCUGCCGCCGUCCAAGGACGUCCGAACCGCGGCCAUUGCCGUGGCGUCCGUUCUCAUCUCCGCGGUCGCCGUUCUGCUGGCUUGCAUCGCGUUCAUUUUGUUCCGGGCCUGGUUUAGGGACUGGCGCGAAAAGCGGCGCGAGCGGCGCUUGCUAGAGGAGCAAAGCCGGGACGCUUGAAAGGGUUGUGUUUUGCUUAGAAUUGAAGAACUUUGUAAGUGUUAUGCAGUAGGCCAUGCAGUACAAAGUAGACUUUAAGAGAGGAAAACGUUGAGAAACAGGAAACACUUCAAGAGCGCAUGAUGAUCAUACUUUGAUUUCUGUUUGCCUGCGCGUAGGACUAGACUCUGGUUUGAUUUCGAGCUCUUUUGAAGGUAGACCGAUCUAGUUAAGGCCGAGUUCUAUAAAACUCCCUCGACGAUCAAAACAAUUGCGAAAUGAGUUGCAUUUUAUUACGUCGUCCUGAUG